AUGAAUCAUCCGAAUAUGGAGGUCUCCCAACCAUUCCCUAUCCUGAAGCUUCCAUUUGUUGCAUUGUGGAAUGUGAUAAGAAGUAUGGGAAUAAAAGAAACAAUCGACUUGUCAUUCACUUCGAAAAAACUGGUUGCGAUCAUCAAGUCGAUACCAAUAGCGGAUCCUGAAAUUACAUUAGAAAUACGGCCUGAUGAACAACCGCCUUUUUUACCUGAAGAAACUUUCCAACCGUUGACUAUGACGGAGAAAUUUCAGAAAAGGAAGAAGUCUAUGGACGGGAAACUAGAUAGAAAAAAUAUGAGUAUUGAAUAUCUUGAAUACAUUUGUGCUCUAUUCCGGAACGAAAUAUCUACUCUCUUGAUAAAUGUGAACACAUCUUCCCUUGUACUCACUUCUCUUCUGGAAUGGAUGAAUGACCGACAGCCUGUUUUGACUUCUUGUCUUAUUUAUGGGGAUUGCAUUUCUAAUGAAACCAUUGAUACGUUCUUCGAAAAAAGAGAAUUUUCCAUUCGUCAACUUUGCUUCAAACUGAAACCGGCACCUGAGACAAAGCCAUUCAAUUUUAAAAUUUUCGAAUUGGAAGAGUUCGUUGUCCAAAUAAUGGAUAUCACCAACUCAACACCAAAUUGGAUUACUGUAGAAACUGUGUUGACUUCAAACUGUAUCGUAAUGUGCAUUGGGGUUUCUCCGUUCACUGGCACUGACUUGAACCGGAUAAUCAAGGGAUGGAUUAAUGGGAAUAACCCCAGAAUAGAAUAUUUCCGCGUUGUGGUCAAACGGUUCAAUCUGCAAACUCUUCUGAAUGGAAUCGAAUUUGAGAAGAGGGAAAAAACUGUCAAACGGAUGUACAUAGCAGAAAACAAGUCUUACAAAAUCCAAAGACCGAUCAAGAAACGAACCAUUUCCGGAGGGUAUGACAUUAGCCGAAGCGACGGAACAGUCGCCACGUUUCAAGUACUUCACAGCCCACAGAAUCCAACAGCAUUGUGGGAAUUUGUUAUGGUAGUUUGGAAAAAAACGGUGGAUUCUUGA